AGAGCAGGGACCUCGUCCUGAUCAUAGGCCACAAGUCCAGACAAGUUUGGCCUGUUAUCUUCGUGCCCACACAGACACUGUUACUCUUCUCAGCUGAAGCAAGCAAAGCUCAGUCAGGGUGGAGCUCACAUCACAUAAGCAGAGGAGCACACACUCUCCCAUGGAGCUCAAGUCCUCUUAUCUCCAGCCUGCUUCUUCAACCUUGCCGUCCUCCACAAGACGAAACUCGUUCCAUGGAGAAGGAGCCGCUGCAGCAGCCGGAGGAGGAAGAGGCGGCGGUGGUGGCAAUGUGUUUGGGCCCACAUUCAGUGACACGCUCGGCAGCCUGAACCUGAAGGAGACCUCCGAGCUCGUGAGGACUUCCUUCCCCAUGGCGACCAUGACCAGGAGCAGCAGCAGCAGCACCGGCCACGGCAGGAGCAGCCACCACGAGGCCUCCACCACCACCUCGUCGUCGUCCUCCUCCACGGCCUCAGCGCAGAGGCGACGCGCGGAGCCGCCGCCGCCGCUGCAGGUCGUCCCGGCGACGCCGGGGCGGCCGUUGCAGUUCUUCGCGAGCCCCGCGCACCACCACCAGCUCGUCGCCCCGAGGAGGUCGGUGCCGUCCAAGUGGGAGGACGCCGAGAAGUGGCUGCGGCAGCCGUCGGACUCCGACCACCUCCAUGGCGCCGGCAAGGUCGCGUUCUCCAGGCAGCGGAGCAGCGGGCAGGGCCGGAGAGGCGGCGGCGAGGAGGAGAAGCCGGCGGCGGCGGUGGCGGUGAGGAGGUCGGUGGACGCGCUCUCGGACGCCCACGCGCUCGCGCUGUACGCGCCGCCGGCAGCAGAGGUGCUCCUCAAAGAUAAGUUCACGGACAACGAGGAGCCGUCGAAGGAGACCUUCGUGUUCCGGAGCGCGUACUGCGAGCCGGCGCCGGCGAAGGGCGCGGCGGCGGUCGCCAGCGGCGACCAGCGGAGGGACAUUGGCACGGAGAUGACGCCGCUGGGGAGCUCGUGCCACACGCCGCUCAAGAGCACCUCCCCGGCGCGGCACAACACGCCGGCGAGCCGGUCGGGGCCGCUGGUGCCGUACGCCGGCGGCGGCGGGAUGGACAUCUCGGAGCUGGCGGACUGCCACCUCGCGAAGCUGGACCUGGGCGCGCGGUUCGACGCCAUGCUCGUCAACUGGAGCUCCAAGGAGGAGGAGGAAGAGGAGGUGUCCAAGAGCCUGCGGCACUUCGAGGCCACCGUCGGCGCCGGCGGUGCGCUGCCUUGCGAUGAACGCGGCGGCCACUGCCGGUGGGAGGACGAUGACAGGGCCAAGAGCUGCAUCAGGUAUCAGAGGGAAGAGGCAAAGAUCCAGGCUUGGGUUAACCUGGAGAGCGCCAAGGCUGAAGCACAAUCAAGAAAGCUGGAGGUGAAGAUCCAGAAGAUGCGUUCGAACCUGGAGGAGAAGCUGAUGCGGCGGAUGACGACGGUGCACCGGCGCGCCGAGGAGUGGCGCGCGACGGCGCAGGCGCAGCACCUGCAGCAACUGCGGCGCGCGGCGGCGGCCGGCAGCGGCGGCACCACCCGGCGGCUCCGGGCGGCGAGCCACCACCGGCACCUGCCCGGGAGCGACGCGGCCGCAUGCGGCUGCUUCCCGUGCAGCAGCAACGUCGUCAGCGGCAACCUCCUGAACUACUACUGAAACGAGAUGGUGAGGGCAAGAUCAUCAGGGCGGUAGGUUGUUGAUGUUUUUGUAGAGGGUGUUUGAGAUGAUGGGUGGCAGGCAGCUGAGAAUGGGGAGAUUGGUGGGAACGUGUCUGAAUACUGGUACCAGAUUGCUGAAUGCUGACCCACAGUGGAAACAUUAAGAGGUUGUUUCUUUUUU